UCAGAACCGGGGCUUUGUUGUGAUUUUGAUAUUUUCACGUGUUUUCAAAAAUCGCGUUUUUGGCCGUAGAAAGAAUAAAAAAUCCCAGUUCUUCCAGUUUUUUCAACCAAUUUUCCCAAGAAAAAAGUGCUCAAAAUGAGCAUGAUCAGUGAUGAAGACCUAAUCGCGCAAAUUAUGGAAGCGCAGCGGAAACAAAUCGGUUUAAAACCGGAAGAUGACUCCGAUGGUGCAGACAUCGCUGAGGAAAGCAGUGAUGAUGCUAAUUCCGAUAAGGAGGAAUCCGAAUCCACCGGUAACGAGGACGAGAAGGAUGAUUUGUUUGCCAAGCUAGAGGAGCAGGAAAUCGACAAACCCAAAAGUGACCGAGAAAGAAAUUUAAUGUCCCGAGUGUUUGGGGGGCGCACAGAACUUGUCAGUAGUAUUCUGAAAGACGAAAAUUCGUCGGAGGAAGUGAGAGGCGAAGCGAAAAAACGUUCUGCAGCCUGGCACGAUUCAGAUGAUGAGCAAGAUGAAGAUUUUCCUGGUAAAAAGCACAAAACAGAACUCCGGGCUACCGUUGGUCGUAGAAGGAAAAAUUUCGAAAAGAUUGUGGGUAAACCGAAAUGGGCUGAUCUGGAUCGAGAGAAGGAUGUUGAUUCGGACGAUGAGGUGCUUCGAACCGUUGGCCAUGUGGUAAAAGGAACAACAACUGAUUUGCCCCAGGGUCAGAUUGAACUCAAACGAUUAAAAAACUUGAAUCGGGAAACGAAAAAUGAAGGCGAUAUAACGGCCGUUCUUUUCCAUCCGACUUCAAUGGUAGCAAUCAUGACCGGAAUGAAUGGAAUCGCCUCCAUUGUGGCUGUCGACGGAACUAAGAAUGAGAAACUGCAUACGAUUGGUUUGAAAAAGUUCAAAAUCGCCUGUUGUGGCAUGUCUUCUGAUGGCAACGAAAUAAUUCUUGGAAGCUAUAGAAAAUUCUAUCACACCUACAAUCUGCUUUCUGGUCAAAGUUAUACUCUUCAGAUCAAGGACGAACUAUGGACCAUGAAGAAUUUUGAAAUUUCCAAAUGCGGAAAGUACAUAGCAGUUACCGGUGGAUUCGGCGAAAUCCAUCUGUUAGACGGAAGAAGCAAGGAGUUAAUAGACACCAUCCAACAGAAUUACGCCUGUCCUUCGCUUUGUUUCACGCCAGAUUCCAAGUAUCUUAUCGCCCACAGCAAUGAUACCAUGGUAUCGAUCUACCACCUAGCGAAACGACGAUUUGUCAAUGUCUUCACCGACGAUGGCUGCGUCAAUGGGUCUUUUAUCAUCGUUUGCCCCAACAAUCGUUUUCUGGCUACCGGAAAUCGACAGGGAAUUGUCAACAUUUACCUGCUGGAAAAAGUUCUAAAGGAAAAGUAUCCCACGCCGGAAAGAGUUAUCAGCAACCUAACCACCGCCAUCGGCUCGAUAGCGUUCAAUUGCACCUCGGAAUUGAUGGCCAUCGCCUCGCCGGAUGUUCCCGACGCCAUAAAGCUGAUCCACCUAAAAAGUGGAACCGUGUAUCGAAAUUUUCCGAUGAUGAAAUCCGAUCUGGGACGAGUUACCAGGGUUCAGUUCUCACCUGGUAGUGGUUAUUUGGCCGUGGGCAGUCGAGAGGGCUUCGUUUCGUUGUUUAGGGUUAAACAUUAUCAGAAUUAUUAACUUUGGUUUUGUAUCUGUAUUGGUAAAUAAUCAAUAAAUGGAAU